CCUCUCAUGUCCUUUGUGUCUAUCAGCGAGCAUCCCUAACCGUCACUCCACCAUCUCAUCCUAUUGGACGCUUACACUGCACCUGUUCGACUCACCCACGAAUCACACGCUUCGGUCUGUGUACUCCAAGAUGGCGGCUUCCAGUACUCCUUAUCAGACAUCAUCGCAUAUGAAAGCUAAAUAUUACUAUCUACCGCUCGUUUAAACGUAUGAAGAGGCAGACCAGAAGAAGCCGAAGGGGGCUGAGUUGUCGCCAGUAAAACGCGGAAACUGUUUCCAUAUGGUUUGUUCGCCCGAGGAGCCGGUCUCGGUGUCGGUCUGAAGGGGGUUGUGUUAUCCGAGUAUGGCCACCGAGAACAGGAUCAAUUUUUGGAGGAGAAACGCAAAGGUUCCCGGAAGUGUACAACCAGUUUAUGGAGCACAGCAUCCACCUCUCGACCCACGAUUGCGACGCACGUAUCCCAAAGACACAAAGCCUCAGUUCAACAAUCUCAAGUCUAAAAAGGCCUCUAGCUUCCAUGAGUUCGCCCGCAGCACCAAUGAUGCUUGGGACAUCGACGAAGAGGAGGACGAGGAUUUCCUCGGGACCCCCGCCCAAACUUCAUCAGGCCUCCACUCUACGUCCACACAGAACCAGCAGCAGCAGAACCAGGCUGUUGACACAGAAACUGGGGUGUCACACAGACUGGCACCUCCCAGGACAGAAGCUGAAAACCUCCAGGAUGGGCAGGAAGAGGACUCAGAGUGCGAGCAUGUCAAUGGCAAGGUUGUCAAGUCUAGCAGUGACGCCUAUCUCAACACGUCCUCAGUUCGCUCCACACUGCAGAAGCAGCAGUCUCUCCCAGUUCGUCCCAUCAUCCCACUGGUGGCACGCAUGUCAGACCAGAACGCAUCUGGGGCACCGCCCAUGACAGUGCGGGAGAAGAGCCGACUGGAUAAAUUCAAGCAGCUGCUGGCCAGUCCGAACACUGACCUAGAGGAACUCCGGAAGCACAGCUGGUCGGGCAUACCAAGAGAAGUCCGGCCAAUCACAUGGAGACUUCUCUCUGGCUACCUGCCGGCCAACAAGGAGCGCAGAGAGCUGGUGCUAAAAAGGAAGCGGGACGAAUACUUUGGCUUCAUAGAGCAGUAUUACCACUCCAGGACAGACGAGCACUAUAAAGACACAUACAGACAGAUCCACAUCGAUAUUCCAAGAACCAACCCUCUGAUUCCCUUGUUCCAGCAACCCGUAGUACAAGAGGUGUUUGAGCGUAUUCUCUUCAUCUGGGCCAUCCGUCACCCAGCCAGCGGUUACGUCCAGGGAAUCAAUGAUCUGGUCACACCCUUCUUUGUCGUCUUCCUCUCUGAGUUUGUCACAGAAGAUGUGGAGAACUUUGAGGUGGCAGCGCUGCCCCUGGACACCCGGAGAAACAUCGAAGCUGACAGCUUCUGGUGCAUGAGCAAGCUGCUGGAUGGAAUACAGGACAACUACACCUUUGCUCAGCCUGGAAUCCAGAAUAAAGUGAAAGCGUUAGAGGAGCUGGUCAGCAGGAUAGACGAGGACAUUCACAAUCAUUUUAAGAGGUAUGAGGUGGAGUAUCUGCAGUUUGCUUUCCGAUGGAUGAACAAUCUGCUGAUGAGGGAGCUGCCGCUUCGUUGCACUAUUCGUCUCUGGGACACCUACCAGGCUGAAGCGGAGGGUUUCUCCCACUUCCACCUGUACGUCUGUUCUGCUUUCCUCAUCGAGUGGCGCAAAGAAAUCCUCUCCAUGGUUGACUUUCAGGGCCUUCUUAUGCUACUGCAGAACCUUCCUACAAUCCAUUGGGGUAACGAGGAAGUGGGUCUUCUCCUGGCUGAAGCGUAUAGACUGAAGUACAUGUUCGCAGACGCACCCAGCCACUACAAGAGAUAGGUCCGAGGCUGCCCCGCCCGCCGCAAGCACAGCACAGCACACACUCCACUCUGAAAUCCACCCAGCCUGUGACUGGAAGGACCCACUGUGUCUGAGAUACUCCAGACGUCAAGUGUUGUUCUUUGAGGUAACCUGGAAGAGACAGACGAAAACUUUUCCUGUGAAAAUGAAGUCCAGUGAACGUCACAUUGGAUUUAAGGUUUAUGGUGCACCCAUAGAUCUCAGUGAACUCGAGACUAUUAGCAGUCGAUGUACUGCACUGUAUGGAUGGACUGUUACGGUAUGAAUAGCUAUAGCUGUGCCACCUUGGUUUACUUAUACAGUUUUUGGUCAUGCAACAUUAAUUGUCUCUCAACUGAAAUGUACACUCAGAAGAGCACGCUGUAAUAUAAAAGGGAUGCUGUUUGUGAUAAUCCUUUUAGUGAAAAGAUGGCAUCUACAGAUUCUAUUUUUUUGAAGAUAUGUUUUGGUAGUUGUUUAACAAGGGAACAGUCUUAAAUGUAAACCAGGCAACUACAAUACUUUUAUUUUCUCUUUUGAAACUUAUUUAGUCCAACACUGUCAAGCUGUUAUAAAUAAUAUGCCCCCCCACUGGUUCUGGGCUACCAAAUUUGCACUGUACAAUCAACUUAUAGGUACUUAUUUCGCACUUCAAUGAGUCAGUUUAAUUGGUUGCCAGUACUGGUAUUUCGCAUUGUAUUGGGUAUUAGACCUAAGAGUAGCAAAUAUUAGGUAUGGUGUUUUAUUUCAGGUUGUGUUUUGGGUUAAAAGUGGAGAAACUGAUUUGGUAUCAGUUAGCCUUGGUCAUUAGAAAUCAGCAUUUUGAAUCACUAUGAGGCUCUUGGGUAUGAUAUA